AACCCACAGAAUUCACCAUCUUUUUUAUUUUGGUUUUUUUCAGUCUGGGGGGAGCCUCCUCUUUCUUCUUCUUCUUCAUCUACUUGCUGGUGUACGUUGAGGAUUGUUUGGCAUCGUAUCGUAUCGUAUCAGAGAUGCUGGGAGUGUCCGGCCUGAUAAGCGCCGCCGCCGAUGGGGCAGCGCCACCCGAAGCUCCGGAGAGUGGCGGAGCUGGUAGUGCUGCAGGUGGUGGUGGGAACAGCAGCGACGUGGGUGGCGCCGCCGCGGGAGCGCUGACGGGUGGCUACGGGGAGGAAGACAAGGCGGGAAGGCUGGAGGAAGCGGAGAGGAAUUCCGGCGGAAAUAGGUGGCCCAGGCAGGAGACUUUGGCUCUAUUGAAAAUUAGGUCGGAUAUGGAUGUUGUUUUCAGAGACUCAAGCCUGAAAGGCCCGCUGUGGGAGGAAGUUUCCAGGAAAAUGGCGGAGCUGGGAUACCAUCGAAGCUCCAAGAAAUGCAAGGAGAAAUUCGAGAACGUUUACAAGUAUCAUAAGCGGACAAAGGAUGGACGCGCCUCCAAGGCCGACGGCAAAACUUAUCGGUUUUUCGAUCAGCUCGAGGCUUUCGAACACACUCCUUCUCACGCUCUUGCUCUUCCGCCGCCGCCACGCCCGCAGCCGCCAUUGCCUCCCGCCGCGGUAUCGCCAAUGGUGGCGCCGACGCCAUUGCCGGGGAUUAAUAAUAACAAUAAUAAUGCUGCUGCUUCUAAUGCCAGUACAACCAAUGUUGCUGCCAAUCCUCCUCCUCCGGUUCAAGUGCCGGCCCAGGUUACUGUUCCAUCUACGCAAAACCCUUUUGGAGCGGGCGUUCAUAAUCCGAUCAAUGCUCCGGCAUUUCCACCGUCGUCCCAGACGAGAUCGUUGUCGCUGCCGCCGCAGCCGGCCGCGAAUACCGGUGGGUUUCCGUCUCAACGGAAUAUUCCUGGGAGUCCGAUGUCGGAUUCGACAUCGUCGUCUACUUCGUCGGACGAGGAUAUCCAGAGGCGGCACCGGCGGAAGAGGAAGUGGAAGGACUUCUUCGAGCGGCUGAUGAAGGAUGUGAUUGAGAAACAGGAGGAGUUGCAGAAGAGGUUUCUAGAAGCUCUGGAGAAGCGAGAGCGCGACCGGAUGGUGAGAGAGGAAGCGUGGAGAGUUCAAGAGAUGGCGAGAAUGAACCGGGAGCACGAUCUCUUAGUUCAAGAAAGAUCCAUGGCGGCGGCAAAAGACGCCGCCGUGCUUCAAUUUUUGCAAAAGGUCUCCGAACAGCAUAAUCUUCAAAUCCCAAUAACCAAUGCAACUACUCCAGCGCAAAUCCAGAUACAAUUGCCGGAAAGCCUAUCAACCCCCACACCACAACCGCCACCGCCGCCGAUUCCGCCGCAAUCUCAGCAACAACCUCCGCAAGGUCCGGAACCAAUAUCCGUGGCGCCACCCGCUACAAUGCCGUUCACAAUAUCAACCCCGACUCCUCCCGUGCCGACAAAAAUCAUGGACGUUUCCAAAGCAGCGGACGAGAGUUUCACUCCGGCGAGCUCGUCGAGAUGGCCGAAAACGGAGGUACAAGCGCUGAUCCAGCUGCGGACGAAUCUGGACAUGAAGUACCAAGAGAACGGGCCGAAAGGGCCGCUGUGGGAGGAGAUAUCGACGGGAAUGCGGAAACUGGGGUACAACAGGAAUGCAAAGAGGUGCAAGGAGAAAUGGGAGAACAUCAACAAGUACUUCAAGAAGGUGAAGGAAAGCAACAAGAAAAGGCCAGAAGAUUCCAAGACCUGCCCCUAUUUUCACCUGUUAGAUGCUAUAUACAAGGAAAAAUCCAAAAAUGAAGCUUCCUUCAAUCCUCCCGGUUCAGCGUUAAAACCGGAAAACAACCCGAUGGUACCCAUCAUGGUCCAGCCCGAACAGCAGUGGCCACUCCCGCCGGAGCACCACCACCACCACCACCCUCUCAACGACCACGAGAGCGACAACAUUGAUGAGGAGGACGACGGCGACGAUGAUGACGACGAAGACGACGACGAAGGCGGAGGAGGGUACGAGAUAGUGACAAACAAACCGCCGUCCACGGCGACCACCACCGCGACCAGCACAGUUUGAGCGAGCUCAUCAGUGAAGCAAUGCAAAGAUGGAGAGAAGAAAAGGCAGGCGAGCGGAGAUUAAAAAAAAAGGCGGACAAUUAUGAGUGAGGCAUUGGGAAUAGCGAGUGGGUCAACAGAUUUUUGCAGGGUGUCAGAAGAUGUACAUUACAUUACAAUGCAUUGUGGGUCAGACUGAAAAUUCCGGUUGGGCUUCAGAUGCGGUGGCGCGGUGAAAAAUAUUGAAACUGCACAGAUACAAACAUUUUGGAGUGUUUUUUGUUUUCUUUUUGAGGAUCCAUCCAUCGCAUCGGAGAUAAAACGAGAGGCCGGAGACGGGGGAAGCCGGACCGGACCAGACCAGACCGGGGAUUAUAUUAUUGCUGCCGUUAAGGUUAUUUAAAAGUUGGUUAGUUUCGAUCAGUAUAAGUUUUUAUUUCAUCAUUUAUUUAUUAUUUAAUUUCCGAAUAAGUUUAAUGUUUAAUGAGGGAAAAUAUUUGGAGGGAAGGGACUCCAGAGAAUAAAUAAAAGGGACAAUAUUAAUUUGUAACUUUUUUUUUUUUUUUUUUAAAAAAAAAACAAAAUUUCUUGUUCGUUUUUUGUUGGGGUGUAAAUUUGAGAAUACCUUAUUCAAUAUUUUAGUUGCUCUCUCAUUUCUUUU